GUCCGAUGGAACCUGUACUCGCUGUGUUAUGGAACUUCGACUAAUUGAACAUCCUAAAAAUUGGGCAUGUCAAGUAUCUCUUCGUAAAGAAUAUGAUGAAAACGGAAAACGCAUUUCUCGUCCAAUUGAAACAAAAUUUGGUGACACGAUUGAUGAUCCAGACAUGGUUGAACUAAUGGCGCGUCGCGCACAAAAGGCAUUGUUAAAUCCUGCAGAUAAUAGCAAUGAUUAUCUUGAUUGGGAUUUUGGAAAUCAAAGUUAUGAUGAGGAUUCUCAAUCGAAUUUUCUCAAGUUUACAAAAAAUAUCGUAUGCAUUGAAAUCAAAGGCUCUGAAGUUCCAAACUUAAGUUUGAUUGAUUUACCGGGAAUUAUUCAACACGUUGAUGGAGCCGAUAGAAAGUUUAUCGGUUUGAUUGAAGAACUUGUAAGAGGUUAUAUUAAAAAUGACAAAUCUAUUAUAAUUGCAACGAUUACAUGUAAAGAUGAAAUAGAAAAUCAGCCUAUUGUCACUUAUGCGAAAGAAGCUGAUCCUGGGGGAAUUCGUACAUUAGGCGUUCUUACAAAACCUGACCAGAUAGAAGAGGAUACGCAUGAUAUAUGGUUAAGGAUUUUGCGAGGUGAAGCUUAUAAACUCGAUCUCGGGUACUACAUCAUAAAAAAUCCAUCUAAAAAACAGCUUAAUGAUGGUAUCACAUUUGAAGAAGCUAGAGAGGAUGAGAUUAAA